UGUUCGAAGAGGAACGGAAGUCUCAGCCUGCUCUCAACCUCCAGCGAAACCCCGGGCCGAGAGCCCGCCUCGCCCCACGGGGCAGCUGGGCUGGUCGUGCUGGGCGGCACCAUGAAGCGUGCGGGGACUCUGCGCCUGCUCUCAGACUUGAGUGACUUCAGCGGCGCAGCCCGUCUCCGGGAGUUGCUGGCCGGGGACCCCGCUGUUCGAGUCCGCUGGAGCCCGGACGGCCGCCACCUGCUGCUGCUUCGACACCCGGGGGCGCCAGCCCCGCAGUUGCUGGUCGCAGCGCGUGGGCCUGGCGCGGAGCUGGAGCGUGCCUGGCUACCUGGCCACCCCCCACCACUAGACGCCUUCUUCCUACCGGGGCCGGCGAGGCCGGCGCUCGUCCUAGUCUGGGGGAGUGGUCUGGCCGAGGUGUGGGGCGCGGGGGUGGGGCCUGGCUGGCGGCUGCUGCAGAGCACCGAGUUGUGUCCAAGCGGUGGAGCCCGUGUGGUGGCCGUGGCAGCGCCCAGAGGCCGCUUGGUGUGGUGUGAGGAGUGUCAGGCAGGAGUUGAGGGCCGGCUGGGGCCGCCCGCAGCUGCGUUCAGCCACCGCGUGUGCGUCCGGGCCCUGGAGCCCAGUGGGGAGGCUGUCCCCACCCUGGGACGCACACACAUCUUGCUGCACCACUGCCCUGGUUUUGGGCUGCUGGCUUCCCGCAGGGACCUCUUCCUGGUACCCACUGCCACCACCUGGCCCGGGGUGGCCCACAUUCUGCUCGUCUGGAGCCCAGGCAAGGGAAAGGUGAUGGUGUCUGCUCCGAAUCUUGGCCUUGUCCACAGUAAGAGCCUGAAUCCUGGACGAGGGGAUACAUGGGACUUCCGGAUCCUGCUCCGAGGCCUUCCUGGGCUGUUGGCUCCCAAGCAGCCAUUGACUGUACAUACCUGGGCCCCAACCCCCCAGGGCCUGCUGUUACUUGACUUCAGGGGCACUGUGAGCCUGGUGCAUUCCCACGGUGGUACCCGGCCUGUGGGAACCCUGCAUGAGGCACCUGUAGGCCCGCAGGGGUCUGCGGCACUGGGAACAUUUCACGGCACCCUAGCCUGUGUGCUGGGCUCCACCUUGGAACUGCUGGACAUGGGCAGCGGGCUACUGCUGGAGAGGAAGGUCCUGAGUACAGACCGAGUGCAUCUGCUGGAGCCUCCAGCCCCUGGCCUGGAAGAUGAGGAAGAGCUGGAGGCCCGGGGCGGUCUUCGUUUGCUUUCAGCGGUGGGUCUGUUUCGAGUGGGCUGGGAAGCCCCACAGGGCUUUGAGCUGCCUUCAGCUGAGGACCUGGUGUUUGAGGAGGCCUGUGGAUACUACCAGCGGCGGAGCCUGCGGGGCACCCAGCUAACCCCAGAGGAACUAAGACAGAACAGCAUCUUCAGGGCACCUCAGGCACUGGCCUCCAUCCUCCAGGGUCACCUCCCCCCAUCUGCACUGUUGACCACACUGAGGGUUGAGCUUCGGGAUUACCGGGCCUUGGAGCAGCUCAAGGCCCAGCUGGUAGCUGGGGAUGAUGAGGAGGCUGGCUGGACCGAGCUAGCAGAGCUCGAAGUGGCACGCCUGCUGAGGACCGAGUUGAUAGGUGACCAGCUGACCCAGCUUAACACCAUUUUCCAAGCCCUUCCCACAGCUGCCUGGAGUGCCACCCACAGGGCCCUGCAGCUCCAACCAGAUGGGGAUGGUAGGCUGAGGUCCCAAGCUCCCCCUGAUGUGUGGAAGAAGGUGCUUGGGGGAACAGCAGCUGGAAAGGAGUCCCCCGGUGGGGUACUGCCCCCCUUUGAACUCUUGUGCCAGUGCCUAUGCAGGUUGGAGCCACGAUGGCUGCCACCCUUUGUGGAGCUGGCGCAGCAGCAGGGUGGGCCGGGCUGGGGGGCAGGAGGCCCAGGGUUGCCCCUGUAUCGCCGAGCCCUGGCAGUGCUAGGUGAGGAGGGGGCCAGACCUGAGGCACUGGAGCUGGAGCUGCUCUUGAGCAGUGGGCGGCCCAAGGCCAUGCUCCAGGCUGUGGGGCAGCUGGUACAAAAGGAGCAGUGGGAGCGGGCUCUGGAGGCCGGCCUGGCCCUCGGCCCCUCCAGCCCCCUGCUUCGAAGUGAGAUCUUCAAACUGCUGCUGUCUGAGUUUGCCCGACACCGCAGGCUGGACAGCCACUUACCCCUCCUUUGCCGCCUGUGUCCGCCAGACCUGGCUCCAGCUGAACUCCUGCUUCUACUGCGGACACACUUGCCAGAUGAGGGGGGCCCUCCCACCCCAUUCCCUGAGCCUGGGGCAGAACCCACUCUUACUGUGGGCUUGCUCAGAGCCCUGCUGGAACAGACCAGGGCUCAAGGACGGCCCUCGGGGCCAGUUCUAAGCCUAUAUGAGGACAUUCUAUGGGACCCAGGCACUCCACCCCCCACCCCACCUCGAGGACCUAUGACUACCCUCCAGGCAGCAGACCACCCAGGCCUGGAGGCCUGGGCACCAUCUGGACAGGGCUUCUGUGUGACUGACAAAAGCUGAAAAUCAUUUCUUGGACACAGUGAUCAGGGAAAGAUGCCUAGGAGUUGGAGGCGGUCAGGGUGGGACCUGUGUGCAAUACUUUUCUUUCCUCUGGAGCAAUUUUAAAUAUAUACAUGUUAAAUAUAUACACGUUUGUGUGUUCUGGAACAACUUGAAGGUCUUCAAAGUUUUGUGGUUUAUAGAAGGAAUGGUCGAAUCUGGAUCAAUUGUGGCCACUUCCAAUAAUGAUAAUAAUUAACAUUUAUGAGUAUUUGCUAUAUGCCAGACACUUAACUGACCUAUAUGUAAUCCUCCAUUUAAUGCUUCGAAUAACCCCAUGGGAAAAGUACUAACAUCACCAUUUUAUAGGUGAGGAAAUAGAGGUUUAGAAAGAUUUAAGUGACUUGACCGAGGUUGGUAAACUAGAAAAUAGCAGCUCUAGGAUUUGAAACCAGGAUUCUGUCUUAACCACCUCACCUAAACACCAGUAGCUCCUACCUACUUGGACUUGAAUGCAGCCCACUUAUCCCUAGCUCGUGCUAGCUCCUCUAGCGUGUGAGGAGGCAGAAAUCUGCAGAGCUGCACACCCCCUCUUCCCAGAACUCUUUUGUUCCUGAGUAGAAAUAGCAAUGGGCCCUGGUCCUAUGCUCAUCUCCCCCAGGGUUCCUGAAGCAGUCCCUGGGUUAGGGGAAGAUUUGCCACAAACAGGAGAGCACCUGCAAAGCUCUCUGCCUUAGCAUCAAGAGUCACUGGAAUCAGCGCUACUUAGAGGGCCCCACAAUCCUGCUGAUUACCUGAGCCAAGAAAUAAGAGCAUCUGCACACAGAUGUCUGCUUAUCUGGAUUUAUUCAACAGGACCACCUCUGAAGAGGCCUGGGCACUGUGCCCACUUCUAUUCAAGUGGCCCCUCAGCGUGGUUCUGGGUUUUGGGUAGGACCCUGGAUACUUCUACUCAGCAUCAUCCUGGGUCCCACCUGUCCCUCAGAUUUGUCCAAGGCUUGGGGCCGGGGUGAGGACUGCCACUCAGCUUUGUCCUCAGCUGAAACUUGCAGCUUCGAUUCUGCUAAGCCUCAUCCCAGACUUUAGGUAGCCCCUUAGGCUCAGACGGCACUGGGGACAGUUCCUCUGUCUGUUGGGGUAGACGGUGUUGCCCCUCAGGCUUGUCCAAGGCAGGUGUUAGCUCCUCAGCCUCAUGGAGGUCCUGAGGUGGCUCAUCUUCAUGGCCAAGUCCUGGGAUAGCUCUUCACCCUUGCUAAGUCUAGGAAUGGUGCCUUGGCCUCAUCUAGGGCAUGGGAUGACUCCCUGGGCUAAUCCUGACCCUCAAGCCAGGCUAUCUGUCAACUACUAGACUCUAGCUACUUGCCAUUAAGGUACUGGUCCUCUCAGAGAUCCAAGACUAGGGGCAGUUCUUCAGCUCCCACUUAGCGCCUUCCUGGUCUGGGGGUAAUGGGGGCCUCCUUUUCUUGGUCUUGAGGCUGGGCCCAUUCUGGCUCCUCAGUGAGAAGCUUAGGAUAGAUAGGAGAAGGAAUCUGCUUUCGUGUUCACAGUGCUGCUGAAUUGUGGUUGUUUCUUCUCAGCUUGAGACUUAGCUUGGGGCUCCUUCUGUACCCUGAGGAGAAAGAAUUGUACCCAGUGGAGCCCUGGGGACAUAGGGGAAGGGAGCCACAUUUUUCCUUGGAGUCAUGAGGAUCAAGGAAGUUUCUCAGGGUUAUCCACUAGUAGGGCCUCCAGUUAGAGACUACCCAGCCUAGCAGCUCUGAGGAAGCAGGUGGACUUAGAUGGGAACUUUUGCCUGGCCCUAAAGACUGGGUGCCUGAUUACUCUUGCCCUUGCUCUUCCCCCACCUGCAGUGUAGGGUACACAUAACCCCAAGUCAUGUCUCAGGACUUUGGAGAACAGCUCAGGGAUGCAGAUAAGCAUUUUGUGACUGGGUUUUGGUGAAGUGUGUGAGGGCAUCAGAAAGAUGGAUCAAUGCGGUGUUCCUGAGUCACAGGUCUGUGGAUGGAUGGGUGGGGAUCCCAUAACUGAAGUCUGGUUGAUAGGAGUGUUCUAGGCCAGAAGUCCCUGGGAAGACAGGGUCUUGAGUCAUUAGUCUCUGGACAGGGGUUGGGACCUGGGAAAAUAGGACACCCAGGAGCUGAGGUGCUUUAUCUUGGGUGUCCGGUUAAAGGAGGAAGUUCUGGGUUGAAGGUUUUGAUCAGUAAAUAAGGUUCCCGGCCCAAGGUCUCUAGGCAAGAGGUAGGAGGGUCUGAGAUCCAUCCAUAGUUGUGCCUCAUCACUGCAGCUCUCUUAGGUUCACAUGGUAGUAAGUAGUCUCUGGAAAGCUUAAACGUGAAGAUAAAGCUAGGCAAGAAGAGCACCAUGCAGCGACCCAGGCAAAACCAGAUGCAUUCUAGUCAAGGGAGAGGGAGCAAAGCCUAAAGCCCUUCUACCUGCCUACGUGGCCAUGAGGGCACAGUCCUCCCCUUUUCAUCUCCGUUUUGCCUGCCCAUAUCCCCACCUCUGUCUGCCCUAGCCCCAUACCUCUCUUCCCUCACCAAGCAAUCCACUGUUUGAACACAGGCCACCUGCUGACCCAACCAGAUCAGAAGACUACAGUAACCCAAGUCUCCAACCUGCGAGAACCAGAGAUGAGAACCCCAUCCCUUCCUCUGCGUGUGGCCUGCAGGGAGUUGGACUUGGCAGCCAGUGUGGGCCAGUGCCCAAGGACCACUCCUGCUCUCUUCCCGUAUUCCUGCCCCUGCCUUAGGCCAGGCCUGAGAUUGGGACUGCUACAGUGACUUCCUAACCGGUACCCCUCCCUCCUUAGAUCUAACCUCGCCUAGCCAGAGUAUUGUAACAAGCAAAUCUGAUCAAGUCCAGCACCUACUUCAGUAUUCAGGGUAAAGGCCAAACUCCUAACAAACACAUCCCUUCUUUGUCUGGCCCUACCUCUCUUUCCAGCCUUUUCUCCAGCUACUCUUCCUUCUCCCACCCUUUGAAGAAUAUAUUGUACUCUGAACUACUUCUGGUCCCCUGAACCCACUAGGUUUUUUUCCCACUUUGUGCCUUAUGCUUGGCAUGCUGGCUCUCUUCUCUGCUUGGUCCAAAGCCUUUAAGAUAUGGUGACUUCCCUGUCUGCCCACAACAGACUUAGUUGUACCCUCUAUUCUCCCAUAGCUUAUUGUACAUACCACUAAAACACUUUUAUCAAAUUAUGUUGUGAUUGCCUAAUUAUUUAUUUGUCUCCUUAAUUAGGCUACAAGUUCCUUGAGGCAGAGACCAUGGUUAUUUAUAUUUUUUCCAGGCUCAGAGUAGGUACAGUAAUUAUUAUUGUGGAUGCAGUAACUGACUGGUGAGAAUAAGCAAUUGGGUUCUGGAUUUUAGGGGUUUUCUGGCUUUCUUCUCUUUCUCCCAGUAUCAGAACUUACUAUUUGGUUCACCCAGAACUGAAAUUGGUAGAAUGUCAACUGGAUCUGGAGGAAGAACCAGGCCACCCGGGGGAGUGGAGGGGAUGGGGAAGCCGCUGAAUGAGGGCCACUUUGGGAGUUGAGGUGGAGAUGGAAAGAAUGAACAUAACUGGUACUACUCAGGCCCCCCAGAUUCCCAAACUAGGAGAAGAAGAGGAUUGGGAAAGCUUGGAUCAGUGAAGUUCAGGGAAGGAGUAGGAGUUGUGGGGCGAAGUUAAUGGGUGUUGAAUAUGGCCAUCAGGGAAGCUGUCCUUAGGAAGUGUUCCAUGUUCUGCAGAUGCACCAAGAUUUGGUUCACACUACCUGUUUGGUCAGAAAAAGGAGAGUUGAGGGCAGCUCUAGACCCCCAGAUCCUCAGGAAGCCUGUCCAGGCUAGAAUGGCUAACACCCUUUCUGCCUUGGAAAGAAACCAAACACCAAACCUUUUGCUGUGGAGUGGAUUUCGACUCACAGGAACCCCACAGGACAGAGUAGAAUUGCCCCAUAGCGUUUCCAAGGCUAUAACCUUUACAGAAGCUGACUUCCACAUCUUUCUUCUGCAGAGUGGCUGGUGGAUUUGCACAACCGACCUUUCCAUUAGCAGCCCCUCUGCGCCACCUUGGAAAGGCCCCCCACCUUGUCUCUUCUUGAGCACAGACUCCCCCUGGUGGUUAUUCCUGUCAUUGCCAGCUCCACCUAUUACACUAAAAUACACACUUGUUUUCAGCUAAAGGUUGAGGAAGGUUUCAGAGGUAGUAAAUCAAGGUUCUCUGAGAGCAAGAGAAGAGGAGAAGGAGAAGGAGGUCAGAGGAGAAUUCAGGAAGGAGAAUAAUGAGGAGAGAAAGGGACCCUGAAGUUGUACUAGGAUGGUAUCCAGAAGAAAGGGGUCCUGAGCUGCCAGGAUUCUUCCUCUCCAGGGCAGAAUCAGCUACCAGCCUGGCCUGGAUUCUUUGGUCCAACUGGGGAGGAAGUUGAGGGCACAGCAGAACUUCCUGGGAGGGCACAGUGUAGCCACAUUUUAUAUUAAUUUGAAAUACAGGAAUAAGACACUGGACCUUAUUCAAAAUUAAUAAAGUUUCAGUUUAUGCUCAAAAUGUGAAAUGAAAGUGAGUCCUCCAAAUAAAAAUUUGGUCAAGAAUCACAAUUUCAAGGCUAGUGCGCCAAGUGAACUGUAAAUUGUGCUUAUAGCAUUACUGCAUGGGUUCCUAUUUCUGCUGGUAAAUAAAAAUACAGGUGGGAGGGGACUGAACUAAGCUGUAAGGUCAGGACUGAGUGACCAGGGUCACUCGCCAGUUCUAAGUGGAAGUCUUGGAGCAGUUUCUCCUUAAUUCCCAGAGGGCCUGAGCCUGGCUCCAAAGGUCUGCACAUUGGUGGUGCUUUUUGACCCAGAGCCGGAGAGAUAGACAGGAGCAAGAACAGAGGUCAGGGGAGACAGAGAUGAGUAAAAGGAUAGGGCUGGACCAGGAGCAGAGAAGGAAAAGAAGAAGACAGAGGAGACAGAUGGGAAUAGGGAGAAGGACCUGGGAAUGAGAGGCAGGGAAAUGGGCAGCAGAGGAAGCUUGAAGGUGUGGAUGGUGGGAAGAUGGAGGAAAGGGCAGGAAGGAGCGUCCCUUGGGGCUUCUCACCAGAAUUAUGGCCAAAGCAUAGAGGCAUUGGGCCAGCUGGUCUAAAUCUAGUCUCUCAGAGGCUUCUGUUAUCUGGAAAAUGAACGAAAAGGGAAGGAGCUGUAAGCAGCUAGGGAAGGGCAAAUGAGGGGUGGCCCCAGACAAGAAUGAGGAAGACCUACUUCAUCGUGGGCCUCUCUGAACUUGAGGUUCUGGAGGAGCAGACUGCCUAGGUCUUCCAUAGGUUUCAGAUCCUCAUACUUUGGCAGCCAUUCAGAUUCCAAGGUGAUAAUGCAGUCUUCUCAACAUCUCUAUUAUUUUUGUUUUAUAAUGGGGAAAAGUGGGGAAAGAUGAGCAUUGUCUCCUCCCCUAAUAUCUCCAGGAAGGCUCAGCCUAGAGCCUGAGAAUUGGAGGGGGGCGGAUAGGUUCCCCCGGCAGAGGUGGAGUCAGAGGCCUGAUGAUGGGGGUAGGAAGGCUACAACAGGGUUCUAAGAGUUACAGUGGCAGAAGGGAAGAGAAGACUAAGGAGAGGUAUUGGGAUGGGUGGGUCCUAGAAAUAGCUAGGUAGUGUCCUGGGCUACGAUAGAGGGGGGCGGGGAGGGGCGAUAACUAGGCUAUCACUGAGGUUGUUGUCCAGGGGGAAACCAAGUGACUAUUCAUCAUUGACAAAAAAGGCUUAUUGUUCUCAUAGCUCCUUUGGGGAUGGUGAAGAGGUCAGUGUGAUGCAAAGGAUUUAUGGAGAGCCUAGGGGAAGGAGGAGGGACACAUCGGUGACCCACUUCUUCCCUCUACCAUGCUGGUUAUGCCCUAGUGAAGUCCCAAGUGAGCAGGUCUCCCCUGUAAAUGCUAGGAGACGAAAGGACGUAAUGUGGCCUCUGCUGGGUAUAAAGAAAAGGUGACUUUGGAAGUAGAGGUGGGAUUGGCUCCAGAGCAUAAAGACUGGAAGUGGAUAGCCAAGAGGCAUCAAACCAGAGAAAGGGAGUCAAAAAGUUGAACAGACUGGGUGGACUUCCUAAGCCUUUGUGACUUCUACAAUAAAGGAUGUAGUUUCUCCUUGUAGGUUGUCGCACCUUCCCAGGUGGCCCUAGGAAACCCCUCUGCUGAGACCUUGGAAGGGUAUAGUAUUUGUCUUAAUGAAAUGUUUAACUGGAGCUAGCAGUGGGCUCUCAACUACGUAUUUGUAAUUCUUAUUAGCCUUGUCCAUCAUCCCCUUAAUAAUCAGCAAUCAGACCCUUAACAGGAAGAGUGUUUGGCAUGAAGGAAAGCCGGAAAGAGAAUUUGUUGUUUCUUCCCCUGUGAAUUGUUUUUAGGGGUCAUGUAGGGCUAGGGACAGCUGAGGCACCAUUAACAAAACAAAAGGGGGGAAUUCUCAGUCAGUCCCAAGUCUUCCUUGCCCCUGCCAUCUCUGUCCCUGGGCUUCGGUUCCCUUCCACCACCCAGCCAAGCCCUGGCCAUCUCUUUUUAUUCCUCACAUCUGUCACUGGUCAGUGUCUACACCUCUGCCUUUCAAAGUGAUGGAUUCUGAGCUUGUUGUACACAUUGAUGGUCAAAUCCAUUGAGUCCACCAGUUCACUGAAAUCCUUACCAGUUGAAUUCAGCAAACUCUUCAGUGUUAUAAGCUCUAUUAACAUCCUGAUAUCCUUCAGCUGGAUGGUCACAUCUUGAGGGAGUGAAAAUGGGGUGGUAGUACAAGGGUAGAGUCUAGAAUAUACUGCUCCCCUAUACUUGGGGGGGAGAUAUACCACUCCCUAUAUUUGGUGGUGCAAACAGUUAACACGCUUGACUGCUAACCAAAAGGUUGGAGGUUCAAGUCCACCCAGAGGUACCUCAGAUGAAAGCCCAGGCAAUCUACCUCCAAAAAGCCAGCCAUUGAAAACCCUAUAGGGCACAGUUCUACUCUGACACACAUGGGGUUGCCAUGAGUUGGAAUGGACUCAACGACAACUGGUUUUGGUUUAUAUCUGCCAUUGUUUCUGGGAUAUCAUGAAUAAAUGUAGGUCCCCUAAUGGUAUUCC